AGUCACGACUUUUUCUCCUCUUCUUCUCCUUCUGCUCUUCAUCCCUCUCUCUGAAAUCUCUGCAACGCGCCGACCACAAUGACGAUCGGCAUCGUCGACCACGGGCUCCCCGACGACACUCACAACCUCUACGACGUCUCCUUCUACGGCCUCAGCGUCCGCACCCUGCUCACCCACUCCCCUCCCAUCGCCUCGUCCUGGCUCGCGUCCCGCGGCUCCCAGCCCCUCCUCGUCGGCUUCGACGUGGAGUGGCGACCCAACUUCAGCCGCAACGUCGACAACCCCGUGGCCAUCCUCCAGCUCUCCGUGGGCCUCGACUGUCUCAUCUUCCAGCUCCUCCACGCCCCGGAGAUCCCCCAGCUCCUUGCCGACUUCCUCCGCGACCCCCGUCACGUCUUCGUCGGGGUCGGCAUCGACGAGGACGUCGAGAAGCUGCUCUGUGACUACGGCCUCGGCGUGGCCAACGCGGUGGACCUGAGGCCACUGGCCGCGACGGAGCUGGGUCGGGAAGAGCUGAGAAGGGCCGGGCUGAAGACGCUGGCGAAGGAGGUCCUGGGGAGGGAGAUCCAGAAGCCGAAGCGGGUCUCGACGAGCCGGUGGGACUACCAGUUCCUGAGCAGCUUGCAGGUCCAGUACGCGUGCCUGGACGCUUUCGUGUCGCUCCAGAUCGGAGAGGCUCUGAAUGCCGGUGGUGCUCGCCCAUGAGGCCUUUGCUCGUGGAUGAAGGAAGGUUGGGAUGUUGUAUAUCUGUUCUGCUUGUCAUAGUGCUGUUCAUGAUCUGGGUUUUGGAUACGAUCCAUAAACAUGGCUAGUAAAAAUGGGGAUUUGAUUGUAUUCUUUACAUGAACUGAACAAGUAUGCAAGGAGUUUAAAUGUAUA